UGUAGUGCAGUAAUGAGUUGCGGUGGCAUCAGGCGCGUUUUCAUUCAGCAGAGCCGCUAUUCAGAGUCCAGUCCCGUUACCUCAUUGACAUUCAGUCCCAGCGAGAGAGAGCGCGAUAGAGACAGAAAGCAAAAAGACAUUAUCCAGGACAGAGAGAGCAAUUGAAAUGCACCAGCGGACACACAGACAGACAGACAGUGUAAGUGCGUUGAAUCUCAGCGGAAUGAAGAUUUUAUAAAGUUAGAUGUGCGCGUGUGAUAUAGUGAACAACGAGGAGCGGCGCUAAGCGGCACCAGUAUGUUAUGACCUGAAUUUGUGUUGGGAGUUUGGGAAAGACAGUGUGAGGGGUGGAAGGGGGGUUUAGUGCAUUGCAGGGUCAAACAAACUACCCCCCACCAUUGAAAAAGAAAGUAUUAGGAGGAAAAGUGCAGCGACUAGGAAGAAGAAAAAAGCAGAUUAAAACGGCAAAGAAACGAUGAACAGAGAAAAGCUGUGCCUGCUGUGAUUUCCUGAAGUGUGAGGUUUAUACUGGACAGUGAGGUUUACUCUGAACCUGAAGCUAAAGAGAGAAAAGAUGUCACGUUCAGAUGAGGUCAACAAGAUGACAGAGAAUGUCUAUAAAGGCAUCCUGGACCAGUUUAACCCCAGUCUGAAGAACUUUGUGACAAUGGGGAAACAUUAUGAAAAGGCUCUGACAGGAGUCACGGUCGCAGCUAAAGGAUACUUUGAUGCACUGGUCAAACUGGGAGAACUUGCCAGUGACAGUCAGGGCUCAAAAGAGCUGGGUGACACGUUAUUUCAGAUGGCAGAGGUUCAUAGACAGAUCCAGGUCCAACUAGAGGAUGUGCUGAAGCUAUUUCAUUCAGAGCUGCUGUCUCAGCUGGAACAGAAACUAGAGUUGGACAUCAAAUAUCUUACUGCGACGCUGAAGAAGUACCAGAGUGAGAGGAAGUCAAAGGUGGAGUCUAUCGAGCGCUGCCAAUCACAGCUCAAGAAGCUGCGGAGGAAGAGUCAAGCCAGUCGUCACCCCAAUAAGUAUGGAGACAGAGAGAUGCAGUAUGUGGAGUUGAUGAGUCGUCGGCAGGGGGAGUUGGAUAAUCUAGUUGCCGUUGGUUACCGCUCUGCUCUGACAGAAGAAAGGCGCCGGUACUGCUUCCUGGUGGACCGUCAGUGUUCUGUCACCAAACUCCUCACCAACUACCACUGCAAGGUGAGGGAACUCUUGUCUCAGAAGCUGUCGUCGUGGCAACAGUCAUGCUCCCAGCCAACCAAACUACCGGAGCGAGCCCUGAACCUGUUGCGUCACACUUCCCCCCAGAGCUCUGGAGGAGCUGGACUAGCUGAGGUCCUGAGGAACGCUAAACUGGGAAUCGCACAGUCUGGAGAGCAGAGAUUGUCUGUACAGGAAGUCCCGCCUUUGUUAAACGGUGACAACAGCGGUCGAUCUCAGCAGCAGCGGUCUGCCCCAUCUGAAAACCUCUCCCAGUCUCUCUCGGGGCUGUCUCCAAGCUCCUCCCCUCACUCGCAGCCCACCAGCAAUGGCCACGCCUACUCCAGUGCUUCAGCCAGCCCCCAACAAGUUUCUCUCCUGUCUGCAGUGAGCGUGACUGGCUUACACACCUUCCCAUCAUCUAACAGUUCCCUGCAGGGCCUCACUCCACCCCUGACCGCCCCUCAUAGCCCUCCACUACCCCACAGUGCACCUCUCUCCCGUGCCCUCACACCUGUGCCCUCCACGGCACUACAAGGAGUGUCUAAUUCACCCAGUGCUUUUAAUGUGCUGAAAGGAGCAGAGGUCUACUCUACCUCCACACUACCACUGCCCAGGAGACAGCCCAGCGAGGCUCGCACAGGAUUCUUUGGUGAGCGCGUCUUUUCUUUUGUGAGGGAAUUCAAAGCUUUUUAUUGAAGGAAUUUCAUAAAGAGAAGUCUGGGUUUACAGUUUUUUUCUUUUUUUUUAAAGAUUUGUUUUUGGCGUUUUUGCCUUUAAUUGUACAGCUAUUGCUAGAGAGGACAGGAAGCGAAGUGGGAGAGAGAAGGGGGUGGGUUCGGGAAAGGACCACGAGAUGGGAAUCGAACCCUGGUCGCCCGAUGCACAACUGCGCCACAUUUCGGAGCACUGCCCUAUAGGCUAUCGGCUCCGACUACAGUUAUUUUUAAUUAUAAUAUGUUUUGCAUUUGAAUAUGUUUUGCAUAAAAUGAAUC